UGCAAAAUGAAGUACCUCAAAGGCAUGGACUUUGUGUCACGGACCAGCACUCUCGAAGAGACUCUAACUUUGUUGUCAGAGCUGAAGGAAUGCCUCAGCUCGGUGGCCAAAAAUGCAGAUGCUAUGAGUCAAGCUUCCAAACAGGCGACAGCAUGCGACGGAAUCUUGCGAGCCUGCAUCCACAGAUUUGCCGAACGCUCAGGCUGCUCGGAUCACCUGGAAGGUCUCCGAACUCUGGCUGAGGUGGCCUACCAUGGCUACGUGAAAGCUCGGCCGCAGUAUGUUCCUCUCUAUCUGGAAAGGUUGCUGUAUCACUUGCUGAGAGGUGCUGCUUCUCGGGGCCCAUCAGAGAUCAGCUUGGGUUUUGCGGACCUCCUCUACGCUGAACUGUUGAAGCACCAGCCUCCGGAGGUGCCCGCUGACGACUUUGUAUCCAUUGCCAAGAGUACCUUUAGCGUGCUCUGGAAGAGCACGGAUGCUGUGGCUAAAACGGACCGGACUCCCGCCCAGCCCAGGGCGAUCCUCUCAUCACAGUUGCAAGCAGUAUGCUUCUUGGUUCUUUUGGAGCAAAACUCCCCUGGUCUCUCACUCAGAGAGCCCCCGUUCUUUACCUCCGUGGUGGCCCAGCAUGCCGCCGCUGCCGCUUCUGUAUUUGAGGCCCAGCGGAGCCCACUACCCAAGGAGGAUGCUUGUUUCCUCAGUGAGCAGCUGUUCGGCCAUCUUGUUGUAGGCCUUCUGGAAAGGAGGGGCCCGAGUGAAACUUUGCCCUUUCAGGAUGCACUCGGCAUCUUCGAACUAACAGUGAUGAGGUCCCGGUACCUCUGCAAGAGUAGCUGCUUUGCGGACAGCAAGGAAGUUCUCCAGAAGUCCCGGGACUGUUUGAGAAGGUUCAAGAAAAGAAGGAACUUCUUCAGCGUGGGUCUGGAUAUUCUCUCCAUCGGUGUCGAGUUGAACAGAGUGUUAGUGCUUCAGGACAGCUCAGUAGGAUCCCUUUUUUCCCAGGCUGCUGAGAUCCUAAACACCUUGAUGGAUGCUGAUGAGCAUGUGCUUAAAGCGACAAUCGAAAGCUGCCAAUUGUUUGUGAUGGCUCUGUAUGGAUAUGCCAGAGAGGCUAAACGGAGCUCCUUCAGCCUAUGUGACGUACUGGGGAUCUCUGCCUUUAUGGAAAGAUACUUGGAGCUGCUUGGCAAGCUGCUGAAUGUUGUUCCGCCAGACAACGUGAAACAGCAGCAAGCUCUGAAGAAACUGCUGUACCACUUUGCCCAGCUGUACACCACCUUAGUAUAUGAUUCCCUUCAGACUCUGCAGGGACCAGAGGCUCCAGGGAUACUACAGCUGGUGGCAUCCCUUCAGAAGGUUGCUUCCUGGAUGCUGGACAUGCUAGCAGGUCUUCCGCAGAGUGAGCAGGCAGAAUACCUGGAUGUCUCAGCAUACUGUGUGUCCCGGCUGGGCUAUAGUUUCUACUGUCAGAAGAUGUACGCCAAGUCUAACUUGAUAGUAGAGCUCUUCUGCAGGAGGCUGGGCAAGGAGGAGCUGUUCAAGAAUCCAGAAUUCCCUACGGAAAAGCUACACAAUUGCUUCAGGCUGCUUGUGGAAAACUACAGGAAGCUGGGCUUGUUGGAGGAGGCUUUCCAGGCUGUGGUACUGUGGCUGGUCACACAGCGUCGCAAGAUUGUGGAGCAGAUGGCGGAACCGGUCUCCUUCUGGCUGAAAGUCAAGAUGGACGCCAGCAAAAAUGGGGUUGAUGAUCUCAGACUAAAGACUCUGAAGGAAGGCCUGGAAGGAUGCGACUUGGCCCCUGAGGUCCUGCUGAAAGUGCUGUUGGAGGAACUGAAGGCCUACAAGGGUGUGCGAGCUGACACUGGCCAAGAGCGCUUCAACGUGAUCUGUGACCUACUGGACAUAUGCUCAGAGGGCAGCAGCUUGGUACAUGAGCGGGCGGUGGUCCUGAUAGAACUGGCUCAGGUGCUGUGUUACCAUGAUUACACGGAGCAGACAGAAUGCUCUGCUCUGGAUUCUGUCCACGAAGCCCUGCGGCUGCUCGACUUGGUCCCUAAAACAUCCCAGAAUGAGGAACAGCUCCAGGACGACAAGGCUCAAGCCCUGCUCUGGCUCUACAUCUGCACAAUUGAGAGUAAAAUGCAUGAGAGCAAUAAGCAAGAACAGAGAACCAAAAGCAGCCACGCCCAGGGACUGAAGAAUGCACAGGUUCUUGAAGGUGUAGAGACAAACGAUCUCAGCUAUGAGGAUAAGGCCCAGGAUGACAAGUUCCUUUAUCUUGGCAUUGCAUUUAACCUGUCUGCGGAUUCUGCUCAGUCUAAGUGCUUGGAUGAUGCCUAUGACUUGUGGAAGCAACUCCUUGGCGAAGGCCGGGUCCCAGCUGUGCGUAGUGUUGAGCAGACAAUGGCAUCCCUGCACAUCAUGGCCGCUCUGUACAGGAUGAUGGGAAAGCCACUACAAGCCAUUGAGAGCUACUUCCUGAUCUCAGAGCUCUCUAGUGCCCUUGCAGAUGUUCUUGGGAUGACCAACGCUUUGUGUCAGAUCGCCAAGCUUUUCAUCCAGCUAGAGUGUCCCGGUUAUGCGGAGAUGGUCUUGAAGGAAGCAGAGUCCUGCUGGCAAAGUGUUGAUCGCAGCAAAGACUCCGCCUUGCUGACAAACCAAAUGCUAGCUGUCCUCCGAAGCAGAUUGUGCUUGGCAAACGGCAAGGUUGAAGAAGGCCUCGGCCUGCUGUUGGGAAACCUACAAAACCCGGCUCUGCAAAAGCCAUCUAAACCCUGGUACCUGCUCCGAGCCAGCACUCUCCAGUUAACAGCCUUGUAUCUGGGUCUGCCGCCUUCCAUCCUCCCACUGGCACUCAGGCAAAAACUGUACACUCAAGGGUGGAAGACCCCCGAAACCGCUCUCAGUGAUGCCCACAAACUCUACCGCAGCAUUAUUUCUAACUUCUUGUUGAUAAGCAGUGAGAAAUCUGCUAAAGACGUUGUGGACCAUCUGUUUGUCGAUCAUGGUGACAACCUUGUGCAGAAGUGGCAGGUGCUGGCCGACAUGUUCGUUUGUUCCGAAACAUUUGUCUCCCUUCUUAGCAAGAUAGAGAGUGUAAGCGAAGCAAAAGCUUUCUGCCUGGAAGCUCUCAAAAUCUCCAUGAAGCUGCAGUCCCUCCGGUGGUGUGCUCGGUUUUUGGUCUUGAAGAGCGAGCUGGAGCUUCAGCGUGGAGAACUAGAGCUGUGUCACUCUGAUCUUGAACAGGUGCUAUUCCUUUUGGAAUCAGGCGCUGUGUUUGAAGUGAAAGAGGGAAAAGGCGAUGUGAAAAUCAAGCCGAAGAAAGGCAGGUCUAAAGGCAAGAAGACGCAAGGCCUGAGCCCAGAGCCCUCUGAAGAGGAGCAGCCUUUUCUGCGAGAAGUCUCCCUGGAGUUUGUUGACACGGUUUCCAUGCAAAAGGGGAAGUCUCUCACAGACUCGCCGACGCUGAAGCCAAAGCUGAAGAAGCACCCCAGCUUCCUGACCCACCCGGACGGAUGCCACUGCUUGCUCUGCUCCGACAUGGUCCUUUCAAGCAUCUGUCUCAGAUGGCUGGUAGCCUCUGGGGAGGCGGAGCUGGCGCUGGGACGCAAGGGAGAAGGGCUGCAGCUCCUUGAGGCUUGUCUGAAACAGUGCGCUGCUGUGGCUUCGUGCACCUCUAGCGUGGUGGCGUCCAUGUCUGAACGCCAUGGCAGGAAGGCCAUUGACCAGGAUGUGCCUGCAGUUGGACUCCUAGAUGACCUGGUGGCCCGUAUCUAUGUGUCUCUGACAAAACAAACCGUGAGCACCAGCCGACCAGAAAAGAAACUGUGGAAACUUCUAGAGACCAGCUUAGCCAUCCUGUCUUCCAAGAGGCUUCAGCUGCCGGGGCUUGAAUGUCAGAAAGCCACCCUGCUGCUUACUAAGGCUGUAGCUACCAUGUUGGUCCUAGCUUCCAGUCAUGAUGGCUGUGUGGCAAACAUCUUUUCUAGCGCCUGGUCCUGGAAAUACCCAUCGUCCCUUGGUGAGAACAAAGAAAAUUUGCCAACAGCUGCAGAGAAGAGGCUUGAUGUGCUUUCUUCAGCGAACAGUAAUGACACCAAGAGGCAGCUGGAAGCGGGCCAUAAAGUAAAGCCUAAGAGAAUCCUAGAAACCAUACCACCUCCUCUGAUCCUUCCCAGUGACCCCCUUCCCGCAGCUGACUCCACUACACAGGCCACUCCGCUUGUCAUCAGGCUACCUGUAGAGCCCUGUACCCCAGCACAGAAGUCCUUUCCAACGGCCAGGAUGAGCAGGUCAACGGCAGCUAAGCCAACUCUCUCCUCUAAGGUCCCUUUUAAGAUUUUUGAAGAAUCUUCUUCUCCAAGGCUGAAGACUGAACUUCCAAAUGCACCCAAAGUGUCUAGAAGAAUGAAGUCUCGUCUUAAGGUUGUGUUCAGUGAUGACAGUGACCUGGAAGGUCUUCUAGAAGCUACAUUGGAGACGAAGCUUCCUGUUGCCAAAGAGCCAGCGGCCUCCCCCCGCAGGCCAGGGCGAAAAGCAGCUCCCAACAGGAAACAGUCAGCAGUGAGCCUUGCUAAAAUGGAGGCAUGCAGUGCCAGCUCUUCAGAUGACCAUCCCCACGCUACGAAGGUGCAGCCUCGGCGUGGAAGGCCAGGUGGCAGGAGAACUGCUAAGGGGGGAAAGCCCCAAGAAGAAGUCCAGAAAGCUCCUUGUGAGGAGGGAACACUAAAUGAGUCAGGAGAAGAGGGAAAGGAGGUUCUGAAAACCGUUGAGGAAAGGUUCGAGGCCGGCUGUGAGGUCCUGCGGAGUUUGGGUGAGGAAGAAGCUGCUGAAGGGCGUAGAAGGCGACUUGCUCCUGAGCCGAACGGCACAGAGGAGGACCAGGAGGUUCUCCGGCAUGAUGCUGGUGCUGAUUUGCAGGAGACUUUCCAAGCUUCAGAGAAGCGAAACCUCACAGACCCCUUUGAUUUGCAUGUUCUUUCCUCUGCCCUAGAUGUAGCUGCUAAUUCCUUCUCUGUGGACUCUGUCUAUGAAUCCCUGCAAGAGGCCUUCUGUUCUAUCAGCCAUAACCCUCCGGGUGCCCUCUACAGUCAUCUCUGCCAACUCAUGGCUCUGUGUCUUGGGAGCCGGGACCCUGUUGCUACCGCCUACCUGGUUUCAGAGUCAGUUGCUGUUACUCUUCGCCAUCAGAUCAUGAGCACCAUUCACAAAAGACUUGAGAAGAUGAAGAAGGCCUCAGUGGCCAAUGCAUUGCAGCACCUGGAGAUGCUGAGCCUGCAGGAAGGGAGCACCGAUCCUCUGCUUCGGGUCCUCACAGAGCUGCAGAAUCUCUUUGCGUUCAGCUGUCCCAGCCCUGCUAAGCUGGAGACAGGAGAUUUCCGAGAGCAGCUGCGACAGAUCCCUGCCGGGGUAACAGUAUGCGUGCUGGCCGUGGUGAGUAUCGAGCCCGGAGCUGUUGGGGAUAUCCUCCUGCUGACACGGUUGGAGAAAGACACUGUCCCGGUGACCCUCCAGAUACAGACAAUGCACAGCAAAGUCCCCUUGAGCAUGGCACUCAGUGAAUUCGAAGCCAUCCUGCAGGAACAGAAGGAGGUCUCUAACCUCACAGAGAAAGAAGAUUGGUGGUUUGGUCGGACUGCACUGGACAAAAGAAUGAAGGCUUUGAUAGAGUCCCUGGAAAGACAUGUGCUGGGCUGCUGGAGGGGUGCCCUGCUGCCAGGCUGUGAGGGCCAAGGCUUGGCACAAGAAGCCUCUAGCCUUCAGAAGGAUCUCAAGGAGUGUGGCUGUGAGGUGGAUCUGGCACUGCUUAAGGUCGUACUUAGCAGUUCACAUCUCCUUAACGCAGAAGACGUGCAGCGCUUGGCAUGGGGGCUCAGCCCAGCUCCACUCGAGAGAGUGCAGAACCUUCUUCAGGAGGCAGUAGAUAAGGCGGCAUCCUGUACACGUCAGGCGCCAAGUGGCCACUUGGUCCUCGUGCUGGAUAAACAUCUGCAGAAGCUCCCCUGGGAAAACAUACCAUGCCUGAAAUCCCAGACAGUGACUCGAUUACCUUCUCUGCGUUUCCUGCUCAGCUAUUCACUUACAAAAAAGUAUCGUGAAGAGUCUGUCCUCAACCGGGGGAUAAAUUCAGGCAGCGCCUUCUACGUCUUAAACCCGCAGAGGAAUCUUUCUGGAACAGAAAAGAUGUUCAAAGACUGGUUUCAGAGUGAGCCCGGCUGGACAGGAGUGGUGGGUGAAGCCCCUGCUACAGACCAAGUACCAUCAGCUCUUGAGGAACGGGAUCUCUACAUCUAUGCUGGGCAUGGUGCAGGUGCCCGUUUCAUGGACUCCAUCCUGAAGGUGGACUGCAGGGCUGUGGCUCUGCUCUUCGGCUGCAGUAGCGCCGCUCUGGCGGUGCAGGGCAACUUGGAAGGAACCGGCAUCAUCCUCAAGUUCAUCUUGGCAGGGUGUCCCCUAGCUCUGGGAAACCUCUGGGAUGUGACAGACCGAGACAUCGAUCGCUACAUGGCGGCACUUCUGAAGAAUUGGCUCAAGGCAGGGUCUGGAGCGCCUCUGCUCCACUAUGUCAUACAGUCCCGCCAAGCUCCUAAACUCAGAUAUAUGAUUGGAGCUGCUCCUGUAGCCUAUGGCUUGCCAGUCUCUCUGCAGAAGAAAACAUAAGAGCACAGGACUUGGUUUUAUGAUGGACACGAAUGCAACAUCCUUGGGUUUAAAAGUGCCUUUAAAAUUGCAAAUAGCUGCUGGAAAGAGGAGAAAUGUUUGGCUUCUGCAAACUGAUGCCUCCUCUCAUCCAUUACUGCCGUGUUCUGUCUUCCAUGGAAGGCCUGUGUUACCCUUUUACAGGGGAAGUGUUUUUAACCCAACCCCCGCUGUUCUUGGAACGCACAACAUUUGUACAGCAUAUGAACUGCAUUCCCAGAGAUAAUAUAAUAAAUUAUUGAAUCUGUUAAAAUCUGUUUUGUGUAUUAAUGUUUAAUAAUCUAAAUAAACAUAAAAGUUAUUAAUUUUUAA